AUGACCGCCACACGAGUGUGGUCCUUCACUCACCCAUCCAAGUGAUCCGCACGUACAGAGGGCGAAAGGGACAAAACAGAACGGCCCCUGUGUUAUGUCGGUAGGCUGAGCAGCAUGUGCUGCGGUGGCAUCCAAAUUGUCGACAACGGCAAGUGAGACGCACACGAGGAUCAGGGUCCAUCUGCCAGGUCACGUGGGCGGAUCAUUUCUCAGGGGCAGGCCCCAAACCGUGCUAAUAGGAUGGGGCAAUGGAGGGCCUUUCUUCACCGAAGUGACGCAUGAGGAUCGCCCCCGCAUAGUUCGCGAAUUCGAAGGCCUUGCUGCGCAUCAGCCAUUGCUGCACCACUGGGAGGGUUCCUCGACAGAACGACCGAGGCUCCUUCUCUGCAGCGAUGCCAACAUGCAAGCUGUUGAGGGUUCCCGAUCAACUGUCGGGCUCCAGGACUGGACAAUUCACUUUUCAUUCAAUGGCGUUACAGGUAGGGACGCCGACCAAUGUAUGCACUUGACCUGUCUCUCUGCCUACCAGGGAUCAGCAAGUGGCGGCUUUACGUCGGCAAUGACAGUGAUGUGUCUCUCCAGCGGCCCCUCAUCGAGCGAACGAAGACGGCUUUCGAAGAGAUCAUCACACUUCAGGAGCUCGUCGACUCGAUGGCGGCCAAAAACGUCACUCCUACAGGCGACAGCAAUGCCACGUUUACGGACCUGUACGUCCGAGUGGUGCCCGUCAAACGUGGUGGCGAGCUUCUCAGGCCCUCAAAGGCACUCAAGGGUGGGCCAACGACAGAACACACGUCGUGGACUUGCUUGAGUCUUGUUGCUAUUGCCGUUGUCAGUCCCGAUGGCCGUGUCGUCCCCUUCAGCCCAGCCAGUCCCCUGCAGCUGCUACCAGCCCGACAUCGGCCUGCGAAAGCACCUGGCUAGACCAAAACAGCAGAGAGUGCGGCGAAUGCGGAAGCGAGAACGGGAUAGCAUCAUCGUCGACAUGGCGGACGUCAAUGACUGUGCCAAAUCAUGUGUGGCCAGCGCUGGGUGCGGGACAUUCUUCUUCUGGGAAGACACAGCCGAAUGUGAGCUGAGCAAAAGGAAGUAUGAAGAGAAAACGGGGGGAAGGAUGAAGCUCCACUCAGUAGGGGGAGUCAUUUCUGGGAGGAAGAGGUGCCUACAGCAUUCACAGGUGUUAGAGGUUAGCGCACGUGAUUAUGUAGAUACAUGAAUGGGAGAAGAAGCUCGUCUAAGCACAAGCGUCGAAACGGUUGGAGAAACUGAACCGCCAGUUGAGAGACGAUGGGAAGGAACGAAAAUUCGGGACUCGCCAGCCAGCUUGCUCGCCGGGGGCACGCUCCUCCCAUUGCUUUGCGUUGGUUCUGUUGAUCUAUGCAUCUACCCACUCGUCACAGCAUCCAGGCGGCAGACACCCGACCACUACAAGACGGCCGUGAUCCUGGCCUAGCUAUAGCUGGCCACGAGAUGGCCGGCCACAUGCACAUCAAAUUGAGCGGGUCUGUGGCAUUCUUGCUGGAUGCAUCGAUAAAACUUUGCCGUUUCGACGGCAUGGCAUGAUGUUUCGCAUGAGAGUUCAGCAGACAUGUCUCGACGGUCUCACCAGUUGUUGCUGCAGGGCUUGACGCACUGUACAACGCCUCAUUUGGGUGGAAACGGCAAUCUUUCGUGUUCGGGAGGGUGCAGGUUGGCCAAAUCUGACUCUGCGACAUCCUGAAAAACCCUGUGGGUGAGACGCUCAUCCGGGC